GUGAAUAUAGUUUUGGAUCCAGAAACAGCAAAUCACUACCUCAUUCUCUCUGAAGACAGGAGGAGUGUGCGAUGUGGAGGGGAAAGGCAAAAUCUGCCCGACAGCCGAAAGAGAUUCGAUCCGAAGACCUACGUGCUGGGCAGCGAGAGAUUCCGUGCAGUAAGAAAAUGGUGGGAGGUGGAAGUUGGGGGAGAGAAAAAUGCCACGUGGGCUGUGGGGGUGGCACGCGACUCCACCCCGAGGAAGGGACAGGUCAGCCUUCAACCCAGUGUAGGAAUCUGGGCUGUCGGGAAAGCCAUGGUUGGCUCAUUGUAUGGACUUUGGGCUUUUACCGCCCCUGAGCGGACGCCUUUGCUGUUGAAUCACGAGCUCAGGAAGAUCCGGGUGACCCUGGACUACGAAAGGGGUUCUGUGGGAUUUGUUGAUGUCGAAGGAGAUGUCUUGAUCUUCACUUUCCCGAACGCGUCCUUCUUUGGGGAGGAAAUCCGGCCCUUUUUCUUGGUCGGGCAAGGAGCUGAACUGAGUUGCUGAAUCUUGAGGGCACGACUCCUCACAGCCCCCUCCCCAAUCGCCCCCAAUGCCCCGAAAAAGAGGAGUUGUUUUUGCACUUCCCGCGCAACUGUAUGAGAUCCAAGCAAAGAGCUGUGGAAUGGCACUCAGGGAGGAAUGGCCACAGAACUUUGGGCCUUUCUGUCUGUGGGGUGAGAGCGGGUUGGCAUGUGGGGAAAACAGUGCUUUUAACAAUGGCCUGGCAGGCAGAAAUCCAACAGGCUAAGCCUCUUCUAGUAUGAAAAUACAGUCUUGGGGAAAGCUUCAUCAAUACUGUAUUCUCUCUCAUUUUGUAUUAUGGCAGCCAUGUUUUGUUAUGGUCCUGUGGCAGCCAUUUUGUUACUGGUACCGACAGCACUCCCUCAAAACUUGAGAUGUGCCCUCGUCCAAAAAAGUGGGCGCCCGCUGGUCUACAAUAUCAGUUCUGUACUGUACUGAGCAUUUUGUAUCAAUAAACCAUCUCCUUGUUUUCA